AUGGACUCAAAUCCAAAAGCAUUGAGCCUGUUCAUGGCAAACUUCUUAAACAAAUUUGGGAUCUUUUACUGCCACAUGGUUGAGCCCAGAACGCUGAAAUCCGGGGAAAAAUGUGAACAUUAUGAGAGUUUGAAGCCGGUGAGAAAGGCCUUCAAUGGUAGUUUUAUUGUGGCUGGAGGAUAUGAUAGGGAAGAAGGAAAUAAGGUUGCGGGUGAUGGAAAUGGUGAUCUUGUUGCUUAUGGGCGUUUGUUCUUGCCUAAUCCUGAUUUGUCGAGGAGAUUUGAGCUUGAUGUGCCUCUUAAUAAAUGA